UGAAAUACAUUACCCACAUUUCAUUACGAAUCUUCGCGUGACGCAAGCAUCGAGGCAAACCUCGCGAGUACAGAACGGCAAUACGCACGCGCAACAUUUGUGUUGUUGUUGGUGGCGUAAGAUGGCGGCGCUCGGGGAUGCAUCAGCUCCGGGUGUGAAUGGGUUAAUACAACAGUUCACAGCGAUUACAGGUGCUACAGAGAGUGUGGGUAAGCAUAUGCUAGAAGCAUGCAACAACAAUCUAGAAAUGGCAGUAACCAUGUUCCUGGAUGGAGGGGGCAUCGCAGAGGAGCCCAGCACCAGCUCCAGUUCAGCAGGGCCCUCCAGCAGUAGAGCGCCCCCCACAGAUGAGGAAGUACGGGCACCCAUUCCUCAGAAGCAGGACAUAUUGGUGGAACCAGAGCCUAUGUUUGGAGCGCCAAAGCGGAGAAGACCUGCCCGAUCCAUAUUUGACGGUUUUAGGGACUUCCAAACAGAAACCAUCCGCCAAGAGCAGGAGCUGAGAAACGGCAGUGCAGUGGACAAGAAACUCAGCACCCUGGCGGACCUGUUCCGGCCCCCCGUCGAGCUCAUGCACAAAGGAAGCUUUGAGACGGCAAAAGACUGUGGUCAGCUAGAGAACAAGUGGUUGAUGAUCAACAUCCAAAACGUGCAGGACUUCGCCUGCCAGUGUCUGAACCGGGACGUGUGGAGCAACGAUGCUGUCCGGACCAUCAUCAGGGAGCACUUUAUAUUCUGGCAGGUUUACCAUGACAGUGAAGAGGGACAAAGAUAUAUCCAGUUCUACAAGCUCAACAAGUUCCCCUACAUCUCCAUUUUGGACCCUCGCACAGGUCAGAAGAUGGUUGAGUGGAACCAGUUGGACGUGGCGUCGUUUCUGGAGCAAGUGACGGGUUUCCUGACAGAACACGGCCAGCUUGACGGCCCGGCAUCCAGCCACCCGCCACCCGCGAAACGUGCUCGCUCCGAGAGUCUGAUUGAUGCCAGUGAGGACAGCCAGUUGGAGGCGGCCAUUCGAGCCUCCCUACAAGAGACCCACUAUGAGUCCUCUUCUGCCCCCGAGCUCCCCAACUCCCCCCACUCUGUAGACGCAGACUCUGAGGGAGGCUCGGACGCAGAGCCCUUCUCUGAUAGCGAGGGCCUCAUCUCGGUCGACGGUUCAGACAACGAGACAACAGAACAUCGCGAGGGCAGCUCCUGCUCUGCAGGCGGACACACCCCUCCGGGACCAGCCCCUCCUACGUCUGCCGCUGCAGCCCCACAACCCCCCCCACGUCCGGACAGCCCCCCCGCCCGCCACAGGAAGUCACCACACAAAGAGAACAGCCACAGAAAAGAGGAGAGCAAAAAGAACCACCUGGAGCCCCCGGCAGCCGCCCCUGCGCGAUCCCAGUCCGACCCCGAGUCGGAGCACCGUUCUGGGGAGAACCAUCGUACCUCAGCGGCCCAAAGCUCCAGAUCUGAUAGGACGGAAACAGCUGACCUCGAUUUGCUUGAUGACAAUGGUCCCAAGGCCAGAGUGAUGCUGCGCUACCCAGAUGGACAAAGAGAGCAGAUCGCCCUGUCAUCCAAAGCCAAGCUAAUGGCUCUGGUGAGGCAUGUCCAGUCAAAGGGUUACCCCAACGAACGCUUCGAACUUGUCACCAACUUCCCCCGGCGAAAGCUUGCGCACUUGGACUAUGACAUCACUCUGCAAGAGGCAGGGCUGUGUCCACAGGAGACUGUAUUUGUGCAGGAGAGGAACUAAGCCCCACCUUUUAUUUUUUCAGACCACACCCUUACCACCGGUGUCCCCCCCCGCCCCCAAGAAGACGUUUACAGGCCGUGACCCCUGACUUUUUGUUAUUGUGGAGAUUAGACCAUGCCCUUGUUUGGCAACAUCAAUUAGUGGAUGGACUCAAUUACCCAUCAUUCCACUGGGAGGAAGUGAAUGGCCUGUGUACUUUUGGUAGUGGGCAUUGUUGUUCAUCGUCAAUAACCGAAUGCGUUCUAUUCUGAUUUUAGCUUUAUUUUGCGGUAAUAAACCAAUCGGAGUAGAAUACAUUAGUUAGAGUUAGAAAUAAGCUGGUGUCCCAAUAAUGAUUAGAGUUGGCUCUGGAAGAAUUAAGACCUUUAUCACUGAAAAAGGAUUUAAAAUGUCUGAGAUUUGUUUCAAGUUCUUAAUAUUUCAGUUUUGAGUCAUUCACACCCAUUGCCAGAACUCUCUACCCUUUGCUCUGUUUGGUCAAAUUUAGUGACCAUGAGAAAGUGGGUGACUUUGAAGAAUGCAAUGGAGAGUGGUGGAGGGCCAUUGAAAUGUUUUUUGGGUGGGGGGGGG